AUGUUUAGUGCAUUCAUACACUUGCUUCAACGAGAACUAAAAGAUGGGGCGUGGCUUGGCGAAGUGCAAGCAGCACGCACAAAUGGAAUGGCAUUUAACAGCGUCGCGGGCCAGAAUGUGGUACCAGGUGGCCAGGAAUUUCAAAUAAGGACGGAAGCAGUGAACAGGUUGACAACUAAAAGGUGGAGUUGA